AUGGCUGCUGUCACCAUUUGCAGGAGAGGGAAAAUAUUCAGGUUAAUUCACUGGCUUCAGAUUUGGCGCUACGAUGAGUGAGAGUCCGUUAGAUCCAAUCAAUAGACUGGUAGACGUGUCACCCUGAAUCUCAAUGAGUAUUCUACUAAAAACUUCUAACUCACAUAUAGAGCAACAUGGGAGCAGGGCUGGAUGUGUGGAUGUUGGAGGAAGGAAUUUAUUAAUACAUUAAAUAUCAGGUGUGGUGCUGCCACUCCCUUGGUGCUUCACAUGGGAGCUGGAAUACCUGAAGAAUGAGUUAUUGAGAAAAUCAGAUACCCCUAGCAUUCAUUCAUUCAUUUAAUUUGUAAGCGGCUUUUGCACAAAAAAGCAUGCUGUAAGCAGCUUAUGACAAAAAAAUAGGGAUGCAUUCAUAGCAAGCACUACAAAACAACAAUAAUGUAGUAAAAUAAAAAUAUGAUAACAUACAAAACAUCACAUUUCAAUACUAUAAAUAUAACAAUAUUACCAUAUUUUUCACCCCAUAAGGCGCACCUACUUUUUUUGGGUGGGUGGGGGGAAUUCAAGGGAAAAAAAUAUGCGGCUCUUGGGGGCUUUUGCAGGAGGUGGGGGAAGUGAGAGAGCAUCGCUCUGUCCCUUCCCCCACCUCCCGCAAAAGCCAGGGAUAGCCGCGUGAAGCCUCCCCAGGGCAGCUGGAUGAAGGCUCCCUGCUGCCCUGCGGAGGCUUCGCAGGCUACCCCAGAGCUGCUCAACCCAAAGAGCAGGUCGGGGAGCAGCGGUGGGGGAAGCGUGGCUUUCCCCCACUGCCAGCCCCACAAGCUCGGGGAGCAGCCUUUCCGCUGCUCCCCAAUCUGCUCUUUGGGGAAAGCCACCGCCAGCCCCAAACACCAGGUCAGGGAGCAGCGGAAAGGCUGUGCGCAGCCUUCCCGCUGCUCCCAGAGCUUGUCGGGGCUGGCGAGGGAAGCCCGGGUCCCCCCCCAACCCCAGGGACCACACAUUCGCUCCAUAAGAUGCACAGACAUUUCCCCUUAGAUUUUAAGAGGAAAAAAGUGUGUCUUAUGGAGCGAAAAAUAUGGUACUUAAACAGCAUGCCGCAUCAUGUAGCAAAAAUAACAAGGGAGCCUCACUGUUUCACUCACUCAUUUAUUUAUUUAUUUAUUUAUACAUACAUACAUACAUACAUACAUACAUACCCUGCCCAUCUGGCUGAGUUGCCCCAGCCACUCUUAGUCCUAGAAACAGCUGUCCCAUGUUGCUCACAGUUUCUCUGCUACAGCUGCUUCUUAGAAGGCUUCCAAAGGCAAGGGCUAGGGGUGAGGAUAGCUGGAAAGACCCACAAUGUGAUGAGGUGCUUUCUGCACAACAAACAAGCAACAAGUAUAGCCCUGUUAAGGAGCUUGCCUAAGCACAUGUGGAAUUAAGCUGAGGAUAAGGGCAAGGACAUGUCUAUAAGUCCAAUGUCCCCAGAAGCACAGGCUCCUCUUUCAACCUUUGCAUGGUUAGAAUCUUCUCCUAUUGCAAGUCUCAGUAGUGACAAUAUAAAAGGAUAUUAUUAAAAUAACGAGGUGGCCUCCCAGUUAAGAAGCACCCUUCAAACCCAAUGACAAAUGGCCGCUAUGAUACAGGCUUUUAAGUGAGUCUUAGAACUCGCCUUUCUGGACCUUUCCUUGGUGCCAUGCAGCUAGUGAGGUUUCUGCUUGACUUUUUGUUUUCAGAUUUCAGAGCUGUUUGAAAAUGUUUCAUGUGAAGUUUGAUGGAAAAGUUCCGGUUGCUGUUUUAUAGUGGCUUUACAAUAGUUUGAUUUUCUUACAGCAUUACCCUGUUGCAUAUGUUGCCUGAAAGGUAGCCUUUAAAAUGGAUGGAUAGAUUCAACUUAAAAGUGCUUAAGUUGGACCUUGACCGGCAGUGAUGAUGUUGACGAUUAUGUGUUAUUUCAAAAGAAACAUCAAGAGCCAAUCCAUUAAAAAAAAAAAAAAAACUUACUGGGCACAGGAACUUCUCUUACUUAUAUAGGAAAAAGAAAGUUCAAUUGCUUUUUGGACUCUCUGAAUAUUCUCCCCCCCCCCAAAUAUUGUACAGCCACUACUCCUAAAUAAUAGCAGCCAGUUGUCCUGAAGCAAUAAUACCAAAGAAGACUUUUAUUAACCAUUUCCUGGCUGUGUGCCCCCCUCCCCAAUUGCCAAGAGGGUAUGGGAACUGAUAAUUGAAACAUUCAGUGAAAAUCAGGCAAGCUCUAACUAGAGCUGUGUGCAUAAUGCAUUAACGUGAGAAAAAUGCAUGUCUGUCCCAUGACUCACAGAGCAAUUAAAAUGUAUUUCAGUGAAUUAAUUUCCCAUAAUAGCUAUGACACAGCUGAUCAGGAGGAAUCAAGUAAGAAUUGAAUUCACACAUUUAAAAGAAUAAAUAAUAGUAAUCAACAUCAUCACAAUCUUCUAAGUUAGGUGGAGAAUUAGCAUCAGCCUCACCAAUUAUUUUCCUUCAGGGGCCCCUCCUCUUUCUACAUGAAAAUAAUACAAUAAAAUUGUCCGAGGCUUUGGCAACAGGCUUUUGUGGGAUUGUGUGUGUGUGUGCGUGCCUUUCAUAUGAUAAUUGAGAGAUUCUAUGGCAACCAUUGAAAAAGAAAAGGGGGGGGGUCUGAAAACAAAAGCUGUAGCAGAAGAGGAUCAGUGCACAUUCAGAGCAUCUGCAGGAAUAACGGCAAGUCUCGCCUUCUAGAUGUAAAAAGUGCCUGAUGAUAGGCUAGCAAAGGCACUGAUUUAACUCAAGCAGAGACAGUAUGUAAUUAAUGCAGUUCCCAGCUUUAGCUUUCAAAUCUGCCCAGCUAUGCUCUUCUGUACCAUCCAUUUAAAUGCGCCUUGCACCAUAGGGACAGAUUACACCAGGAUGCCCUGUUGGAGCAAUUAUUAUGGCAUACGAUAGCACUGUUUAUUUAAAUAGUACCAUCAAUCCACUAGCAGUCCAUUAUGGAAAUGUUUCUGUCUCAAAGACCCCUGGUUCCAAAGUGCUUACAAUUUGUAAGGUCUCUGCCCCAAUGUGCUUACAAUCUGAAGUUGGGUUGUGACUAGAGAACAGCAGGGGAGAUUUUGAGAGCAGUGGGUCUGAGGACAGUUAAUGCUGAAGGAUACCAGAAUCACAGAAAUGAAUAUAUUGGAAGCCAAGGGCAGAAAGGCUAAGAGGGACAAGGCCAUGGAGAGUUUUAAAGGGAAGGAAUUGUAUGUUUGAUGUGGAAAAGGGGAAAGGAUAGGACUGCACCAUGGAAUGGUUGGAAGCAGAAUGGUGGGAAGAACCAGGUGGGGAACCCCCAAGGGAAGAAGGCUCAGACCCUGCAGAUUGGUGGUGGGACAAUGAAGAGGGAGGAGGGAGCAGACUGGGAGGCGAAGGUGUUGGAAGCAGAAAAGGUAACAGAGCAUAGUGAGCUGGGAGAGUUUGUGGCAGAGAGAAGUCUAGAAUCAGAGGCAGAAGCUGAAGCAGGAGAAUGGGAUGAAGCUGGUGAAGUCAUGGGUGGCUCCCCCUCCUUUUGUGACAAGCUCUCCUCCUGGUUGUCUCCCAGAUCCAUAAGAGGCUUGAAAAGGGAGGAGAAGAGAUUGGUGGAUUUUGGGGGGGAAACCCUGGAGAGGAAGGAUUUAGGCAGCUGUGGGGAGGUGGUGGCCUUCAGUCUCAGGAACUGCUUCUUCUGCUUCUGCUUCAUCUUCGUAUUUGUACAUGCUACACAAGACGCAUUCUCUGAAGGCAGGCAGUUUGUCAUUUGUGGAAAUCAUCCAAAGCUGGAAAAACAAUGUCAUGGCUACCAUCCUUCACAUAGUUAAGCAUGCCCUAUUCUGAGUUCAAUGAGCUUAAGUAUGUCUAACUCUGAGUAGUUUGUAGCCAAAAUGACCUCCAGCCUUCCUCAUUAUUAAAUUCAUCUCGGAGGGUAUAAUUAGAAAUAUAUGAUUUGGCUCUAAGGCUCUUGGUCACAUGGACAGACUAUGCUUCCUUCUCUUCAGCAUGCUCCAGAAUGUAAACAGUUGCUCGUUCUAGGCAAAAAGCAGUAACAGUUUUUUGAGCUUUGCUUGAGUCAGAACUAAACAUUACUUGCAAAGGUAGGUAUCAAAACUUGAAUCACCGCUUUUGUUAGAAAAAGGCUGUUUAUUCCCUCCUCCUUAAUUUUGGAGAAAAUAAGUGUGCAUGUGGGGGGGUACUUAACCCUUCCCCACCCAUCAAGUCUUCUCCAACUUCCCAUAGAAUUCUAGAGAGAUGUUUCAGUUCACAAACUUCUGGCUGUGACCUGUUUGUUGAUAUAGCACGGGGUGGGGAAGACAGAAGGAAGUAGCAGAUGGAGAAACAUAUACACACAUUCCCAGUUCCAAAUCUUAUUUCUUUACUUAGGUCACUUCCAGACCACCUUUCAAUCGAAAAGUCCCUCAAAGUGAGGUAUCUUCCCCAGCCUCCCUUUCUUGAACAAACGUUGCCAUGCAGAUUUUGUUCUAUGCAUUUAAGUGUAAUGCUUAGUUCCAUCCAUAGAAGGCAAUGAUAAAAGUCUACUGCUUAUUCAGCAGGCUCUAAUAUGUGGUUGGCUGAGGAAAAUGAAUUCACAUCAAUGCAUUUGGAGUACAGUGUACAUACACUGUUUCUUUGUUUGUGGUUUGUUUUGUUUUUGGGGAAAAGUUGUUUCUAAUUGACCUAAAUACUAUUCAUUUUCAAGCAUUUUUAAUUUUUGGCACAGGAUAUUAAAAUUUUAAUGCGGGGCACUGUAGAAAUAGGUUCAAGCAGCACAUGAUCUAGUGGCGUGCAUCAGAGUCAUGAAACAGGCAGCUGUCUUGCUAGGAUUGCUUCCUCCUCCUAAAAACCACAACUCAAAGUCUUAUGAUUCCUAGAAAACAAGAGGGGGAGAAGGGGAAAUUCCUGACUUCUAAAGAACAGAACCACUAGACUUUUUUUUUUGCAGGAGGCCAUACUGUAACAAUUCCUCAUUCUCUUGUUUUGUAUAUAACCAGUUUCAAGGCAAUACAAAGUAUAGGCAUGCAUGAUCCAUCCAUCCCAAGUGAAGUACACUGUAUUUUUCGCUCUAUAAGAUGCACCAGACCACAAGACGCACCUAGCUUUUUGGAGGAGGAAAACAAGAAAAAAAAUAUUCUGAAUCUCAGAAGCCAGAACAGCAAGAGGGAUCACUGUGCAGUGAAAGCAGCAAUCCCUCUUGUUGUUCUGGCUUCUGUGAUAGCCGCGCAGCCUGCAUUUGCUCCAUAAGAUGCACACACAUUUCCCCUUACUUUUUAGGAGGGGAAAAGUGAGUCUUAUAGAGCAAAAAAUACGGUAGUUUUCAACCAAAUUUAUUUAGGUGGCAGAGCUAUGCUCAUGCUUAGUUCUUUCCUCAUUGAAGUAAAUGGUGCCCACUCUGCAUUUGAAGUCACAAUGUUAAGUGAAGCAGGAAAAGGCUUCUUCCUCUGUGAUGGUACCAUAGCAAUGGAACGUCCUCCCAAGGGAUGCCUUUGUUCAUUUCUUGAUGACCUUCAGGUGCCUGGCCAAGGUAACCCUUUUCCAGCAAGAUGUUGGGAUAGAUUCUUGACUGCACAUUGAUUUGAUUUUUUUUACUGUUUUCUUUUCUUUUAUUGCUACUGGAUUUUAUUGCUUUUAGACACCAUUUUAAUUUUAAUUUUUUUAACAUUGUAUUUCUAAGUCAGUUUCAAACAACAAACUGCUCUCUCUUCCUAUAAGCAUUUUGGUACAUUUGGUACAUUUUCUUAAAAAUAACCUCUUUUAGUAAAUGAGUGGCUCUGCUAAAAAUGGUGUCAUGAUGACUGUAUCAGUGUUCCUCUGUUUGAAUGAACACUGAAGCUUUCAUUAAACAGGAUUCCAAUGGAAUUGCAUACUAUGAGGCUUUUCACCCUGAGAACUUGCCCAUAAGUCAAGAUAGAAAGCUGAACUGCAAUAAUGCCCAAAUGAUUAAAAAUGACGUGUCCCCAUUUUUGAAAGCAUUAGUCUUAAUAUAUUUCUUAAGAACUGCAGUUUACAUCAUUUUUGUUACCACGGGAUGGAAAUUCCCUUUCUGAAGUCUUGGGAACACUGCUCUUUUUCGGCAUAUUAUUUGCCAGCUGCCCUAAAAGAAAAAAGAAAUGAAACAGAAAUUAGUUGCUGAAAGUCUGCAGGGCAAAAUCUCCAUAAUGAUGCCUAUUUACCAGUAAAAGUGAACUAAUUCACAAAACCAAUUUAACUUUGAUCCCAAAUUUUACCCCUCAUUUCUUAGAAUCAGGCAUUCAAACAUGGUACAGAAAAUUAUGGAGGGAAGCCUUUCAAGACUAAGUGAUGGUGACAUAAAUCAAGGUGAGUUAUGUAAAGAAUACUAUUGUUUGUUUUAAACCGAUUUAAUAUUGUAUUUUUAAAUUGCUGGUAAGAACACCACCACCACAAUGUGUCAUACAGAUUUAUUCAGCAAGAUUUAUAUACCAUUUAACAAAACAAUAUCUAAGGAGUUUACAUAAUAGUGCAAAACAGUUGUUCAAAAUGAUAAUAAAAGGGCAGACAAUCAAAUUAUCAAAAUAUAGAUGAAAUCAACUGUUUGGAAAAUAUGAACAAACUUGCAUUCAAGUUUGGGUUGGUUUGUUUCAGGAGGUGUUGAAAACAAUAGAAUGAAGACAGCUGCUUACAUAGCCUUUUUAAAGCACAAUUAUGUGCUAAUAUUUUAUAGCAAUAAGUUACGAUCCCUAUGAAGGGAGCAGGGGGGCCCUGCUCACUGCCCUCAUCCCCACAGACAUAUCCCUGAUGGGUCUGCUCCCCCCCCCCGCACAUGCUGCACUAUCCACAUGCCUGGUGAGGAAAGGUCUGAAGCUCACUGCCUGGUUUAGAGUUCUGCACACAAGUGGAGAGGGCACCUUGCUUCAGAUCUCCCACUCAGCUGCGGCACACAGAUGCAGGUGGGCUGCAAUCGGCAUGGCCCCACUUUUCUCCUCACAAAAUUCACAAUGCAAGAGGUUUGAAUGCCUGAAUAGGCCCAUAGACUUCCUUAAUUUCAUCUUUUAUCAAGUGGUGCCAUUUUUGUUGUUUAGUCGUGUCCGACUCUUCAUGACCCCAUGGACCAGAGCACGCCAGGCACUCCUGUCUUCCACUGCCUCCCGUAGUUUGGUCAAACUCAUGCUGGUAGCUUCGAGAACACUAUCCAACCAUCUCGUCCUCUGUCGUCUCCUUCUCCUUGUGCCCUCCAUCUUUCCCAGCAUCAGGGUCUUUUCCAGGGAGUCUUUUCUUCUCAUGAGGUGGCCAAAGUAUUGGAGCCUCAGCUUCACGAUCUGUCCUUCCAGUGAGCACUCAGGGCUGAUUUCCUUAAGAAUGGAUAGGUUUGAUCUUCUUGCAGUCCAUGGGACUCUCAAGAGUCUCCUCCAGCACCAUAAUUCAAAAGCAUCAAUUCUUCGGCGAUCAGCCUUCUUUAUGGUCCAGCUCUCACUUCCAUACAUCACUACUGGUAAAAGCAUAGCUUUAACUAUACGGACGUUUGUUGGCAAGGUGAUGUCUCUGCUUUUUAAGAUGCUGUCUAGGUUUGUCAUUGCUUUUCUCCCAAGAAGCAGGCAUCUUUUAAUUUUUUGGCUGCUGUCACCAUCUGCAGUGAUCAUACAGGCACCAAAAUAUGGCCUACCAUAUUUUGAAGUACAGUGGUACCUCGGGUUAAGUACUUAAUUCGUUCCAGAGGUACGUUCUUAACCUGAAACUGUUCUUAACCUGAAGCACCACUUUAGCUAAUGGGGCCUCCUGCUGCCGCUGCGCGGCCGCUGCACGAUUUCUGUUCUCAUCCUGAUGCAAAGUUCUUAACCCGAGGUAGUAUUUCUGGGUUAGCGGAGUCUGUAACCUGAAGCGUAUGUAACCUGAAGCAUAUGUAACCCGAGGUAUCACUAUAAUUUCAAUAAUUGCUGUUGCCAUCUAAAGAGGGCCUCCCAUAAGACCAUUGAAGGUCUAAUUGCCAUAUUUUGAAGAGCAAAACAGAGGACAAUUUGCUGACUUCUACUUUUAACUAUGGAUCACUAAGACAACUCUCAUUUUACAUACCCAUGAAAAAGAGGACAUGUCCUGGAAAAAGAGGACAUAUGACAACCCAGGUUGUGCUACUAUUAUUAUUAUUUAAACACUAGUUGCAUUCGGGGCAAGGGAGCAAUUAUCAUUGGCACCAUGAUGUGUGAGGUUUAACCCUUCCCACACCAGACGUAAUCUCAAGUAAAAUCACCUGCUUCCACACAUAGCAAUUAAUAAGGGGGUGGGGAACCUCUCGUUGGUGCCAAUUGGAUAUUUUUGGGUAAUGUGAAUUGCUGUGUUUCUGUCGUGUCUCUUCUCUUCUGCACAGGGUAUCAUAAUUUAAGCAAAAGUGAAAAUUUAUAGACUGCUAUCUCCUUAAAAGCCAUAUUUUAAAGUUAGAUUGUGCGAAUUCAAAAUGUUUGCUUUCUUUUCUGGUGGCUUUCCCAAACAAUCUGUCUGAAGUGGUUUUACUGCACUCCAUCCAUUUAUGCUAAUUUUCCAAAAGGCAAAUAAUAUGAUAUCCAGUCUCUCUAAUGAGCCAAGACUGGCUGUGUUCUAUAUACCUGCUGCACUUCUAUAUCCCCUGUUUUUAAAAGCUAGACAUUGUAGGCUCCAGCACACAAAUGAAGUAUGACACCAGGGUUUAUUAAAGAAGUUUUCCUGUGACCUGUUUCAAAGUUGCCAAGACUUCACCUUUCCUUAUUACCUCAGUGACCAAGCACCUCAGUUUAGAUCUGACAAAAUAAGCCAGAAAGGGCAAGGAUUGAGAAUGCAUGUGGUGGGCCACACACCUCCAGAAAUCUUGCCCAUACAGUAUCCUCAAGCUGCACAUAUUUAUAUAUAAAAAAUAUGCCAACACAAUCCUACUGUCUUACUGAAUGUUGCAAUGUACAUCAUGAGCUGCUAACUAUGCUCAUGUAUUUAACAGUGUGAUAACUAGCAAAUCAUUUUUCUCUUUCUAUCAAGCACAAACAAGCAUGUGGUACAGCAGAAGCUUUGGAAGUUCUAAUAUUGAUAUAAUUCAUUCUGUCAAUAAAAACACAUUUCUAGUUUUUCACAAGCAUAUAAACAACAUAUUUUAUGCUUUCAUAGUAGCAAAUUCAUUCUAAUUAUUUAUUAGCUUUGCUACCCAUAUUUUCAAGAUUGUUGACAAUUCUGACAUGAAAUGAGACCAAACACCGCUAUACAUUGUGUUUCCCUAAGCAAUGUAUAGAAUCUAUACUGGUAAACAUGAAAACAGUCCAAUGUGCAAAACUGGGUAUAUUCCAUUUUCACUGGGUUUUGGGAGCUUCAAAUUCAGAAACUGGAGAAUUAUAAUGAUAUUUUAAAUCAUAUUUGUAGCCUUGGCCACUUAAACAUAUAUCAAUUUGCUUGUGUGAAUUUACAGAGUGAAACAACUCUAGACAUUCAUUGUACAAUUGGGAUUUUACUAUUAAUUGAACUGCUCAAUUAUCCAUUUGUUAUAACAACAACACACUUUACAUUUGAAAAGACAAACUAUAGAAGAAAGCAUAAACAAAAAAGUUAAAGUUAUUAAUAUUAUUUGUCAUGCAAAGAUAUGCUAAUGACAACAAUGAGUGCUAGAAGUUUGCAGCCAGAUUGGUUAUGUAGUUGGUAAUUCAAAUUAAUAUGUGAAGUCCAGUCACCUUUAUUGCUCUGGCUUAAUCUUUUUGGCUUGCUGUGCAGCAGUUGGCAGGAUUCUGCAGUCAGACUCUGUUCUAACCCUUCCUUACCUGUUGCCUCCUUUUCUGCCAAGCACGCAAUAGUUUCUGUCUUCAGGUUCUAUGCAUUGCUUUUGCUCAUCCUUACUCUACACUUUUCCGGCCAUGAUUGUUACCUCAUGUUCCUGUUUUUCAAAUUACUGAUGAUUUUGGCCCACUCACUUUAGCCACACUUUGUUCUGAGCAACUUCUCCACCACCUCUCUUUUCCCUCAACAUCUUUUCAGUCACCUCAAAAUCUUUUAAAACUCACUUUCAAAAGUUUUGUAAGGAGGCAACAUGCCCAUGACUUUGCAGGACUUCUGCCUGGCAUUCCCCAGCAUGUGUCCCACUCAGAUCUGCUCUGGAGGUUUCCCCAACUCUCUGGAGCAUAUUUUAGUGGGUGCUAUAGGCAGUGCUUUUUUUCCUAAAAACAAUGUUUUGGGGUACUCUUAUUUUCCUACUCGUAUCGAAAUACUGCCCCUCAAUGAGGCCAAACUUAGAUUCACAAAAUGUUUAGGGGUAUGCGUACACCUGCGAACCCCCAGGAAAAAAAGCACUGACUGUAGGGGUGUGUGGAGAGAGAGGGAGGAUAAGUCUUACUGCAUCUCAUUGACUACUGUGAGAAUAGGGUGCUAGACGAGAUGGGCCACUGAUUGUGCAGGCUCUUCUUAGGAGCUGAUGUUGUGCAGUUGGAAGCCUGCAGUAAUAUCUGCUAAUGAUAUGAUGACAUUGGAUACAAUCCUAAAUAGCCACAUGACAUUUUUAAUUUAAAAAAGGCAGACAAACACCCCUGGAGAACUGUGCAAGACUUACAAUUAAGUCUUCCAAUUGCUGAUAAUCUUCUUCUUUGGUGAUCACUUGUGGCCGAGUAAGAUUGUCUUCCAUGAACACAGUCUUAAUGGUGUGUCCAUAAGUGACUGUGGAAGCCAAUUCUGGAUCCACACAUCUUUCCACAGUGGGGACAUAGGUUUUCGGGCAGGAGUUGAUCAUGGUGAGGCUUUGCCAAACGUGCUUUCCUCUUCACUCGUUUCUGCCUUUCAUUCUGAGUUCAUGCUUCUUCAAAGUCCAGGGCACCUUUGGCAAAGGCUGUUCUCCAAUUGGAGCACUCGCAGGCCAGUGUUUCCCAAUUUUACAUCCUUAUACUGCAUUUUUUUAGAUUUGCCAGUCAAUUGAGAUCUACCGGUCAAUUGUGGGCUGUCCCUGGUCAAUCCCGGUUGAUCGUGUGAUCUCCAGUGACCUACCCCCCCCCCCAAAGCUCAACAUUUCUGGUCAAUCCAAUGGGUAGAUCACUGCCAGUUUAUUUAUAGUGGGAGUAGAUCGCAGUCUCUUGGAAGCUGAACACCCCUGGUCUAUUGCAUUGUAGUGCAGGGAGUGGGGAAAGGAAAUUCCCCAUCUCCUAAAAACCUCUUCCUAGCCUUCAGCUGUGCCCCCUGUGAGUUUUAAUCAAAGCAGAACUGACAACUCCCCUGCCUCUUCCAGAAGCAACAAUACAAACAUCUCCCUCUCUCCCUUUGCCAUUGCAUAAGCCCAGGCAACUUUGUGGAGGCUUCAAAACUACAGAUAAGCUUUGUACAGAAUUGAAAAUCUCUUUCAUUUCCUUUUAAAGUCUUCGCUGACUGACGAGGCUUUCCUUGAGGGAUGAUCCAGCUAUGAUGAUGUCUUCACUGGUUCAUGGUGUACUCAUUUGUACUUGUUUUAUAAAUGUGAUUUCACGGAUGCUAUUUAUAGAAUAGAAUAGAAUCAUAGAGUUGGAAGAGACCACAAGGGCCAUUGAGUCCAACCCCCUGCCAAGCAGGAAACACCAUCAGAGCACUCCUGACAUAUGGUUGUCAAGCCUCUGCUUAAAGACUUCCAAAGAAGGAGACUCCACCACACUCCUUGGCAGCAAAUUCCACUGUCGGACAGCUCUUACUGUCAGGAAGUUCUUCCUAAUGUUUAGGUGGAAUCUUCUUUCUUGUAGUUUGGAUCCAUUGCUCCGUGUCCGCUUCUCUGGAGCAGCAGAAAACAACCUUUCUCCCUCCUCUAUGUGACAUCCUUUUAUAUAUUUGAACAUGGCUAUCAUAUCACCCCUUAACCUCCUCUUCUCCAGGCUAAACAUGCCCAGCUCCCUUAGCCGUUCCUCAUAAGGCAUCGUUUCCAGGCCUUUGACCAUUUUGGUUGCCCUCCUCUGGACACGUUCCAGUUUGUCAGUGUCCUUCUUGAACUGUGGUGCCCAGAACUGGACACAGUACUCCAGGUGAGGUCUGACCAGAGCAGAAUACAGUGGCACUAUUACUUCCCUUGAUCUAGAUGCUAUACUCCUAUUGAUGCAGGCCCAGAAUUGCACUGGCUUUUUAGCUGCCGCGUCACACUGUUGGCUCAUGUCAAGUUUGUGGUCAACCAAGACUCCUAGAUCCUUUUCACAUGUACUGCUCUCAAGCCAGGUGUCACCCAUCUUGUAAUUGUGCCUCUCAUUUUUUUGCCCAAGUGCAAUACUUUACAUUUCUCCCUGUUAAAAUUCAUCUUGUUUGUUUUGGCCCAGUUCUCUAAUCUGUCAAGGUCGUUUUGAAGUGUGAUCCUGUCCUCUGGGGUGUUAGCCACCCCUCCCAGUUUGGUGUCAUCUGCAAAUUUGAUCAGGAUGCCCUUGAGUCCAUCAUCCAAGUCGUUGAUAAAGAUGUUGAAUAAGACCGGGCCCAAGACAGAACCCUGGGGCACCCCACUAGUCACUCUUCUCCAGGAUGAAGAGGAACCAUUGAUGAGCACCCUUUGGGUUCGGCCAGUCAGCCACUUACAAAUCCACUGAGUGGUAGCAUAGUCAAGACCGCAUUUUACCAGCUUCUUUACAAGAAUAUCAUGGGGCACCUUGUCAAAUGCCUUGCUGAAAUCAAGGUAGGCUACAUCCACUGCGUUCCCUUCAUCUACCAGGCUUGUAAUUCUGUCAAAAACGAGAUCAGAUUAGUCUGACAUGACUUAUUUUUCAGAAAUCCAUGCUGACUAUUGGUGAUCACAGCAUUCCUUUCUAGGUGCUCACAGACUGUUUGCUUAAUGAUCUGCUCCAGAAUCUUCCCUGGUAUUGAUGUCAGACUGACUGGGCGGUAAUUAUUUGGGUCCUCUCUUUUCCCCUUUUUGAAAAUAGGGACAACAUUUGCCCUCCUCCAGUCUGCCGGGACUUCACCUGUUCUCCAGGAAUUCUCAAAGAUGACUGCCAGUGGUUCUGAGAUCACAUCUGCCAGUUCUUUUAAUACUCUUGGAUGCAGUUCAUCUGGCCCUGGAGACUUGAAUACAUCUAAACUAGCCAAGUAUUCUUGUACUAUCUCCUUAGUUAUUCUGGGCUGUGUUUCCUUUGCUGAAUCAUUUGCUUCAAAUUCUUCAGGUCGGGCAUUGUUUUCUUUAUCGGAGAAGACUGAGGCAAAGAAGGCAUUGAGGAGUUCAGCCCUUUCUGUGUCCCCUGUUUGCAUUUCACCAUCUUCUCCUCUGAGUGUCCCCACUGUUUCUUUGUUCUUCCUUUUGCUACAAACAUACCCAUAAAAGCCUUUUUGUUGCUUUUAACCUCUCUAGCAAGCCUGAGUUCAUUCUGUGCUUUAGCUUUUCUGACUUUGUGUCUACACGUGCUGGCUAUUUGUUUGAAUUCCUCUUUGGUGGUUUCCCCCUUUUCCAUUUUUGUACACAUCCUUUUUAAUCUUAACUCAGUUAAAAGUUCUUUAGAUAGCCACCCUGGCUUCUUUAGGCACCUUCCAUGUUUCCGUCUCAUUGGUAUUGCCUGACUUUGUGCUUUUACUAUCUCCCUCUUAACAAACUCCCAGCCAUCAUGAACUCCCUUUCCUUUUAGUAUUACUGUCCAUGGGAUCUCACCCAGCACUUCCCUAAGUUUUAUGAAGUCGGCUUUCUUAAAGUCAAGAAAUUGAGUCCUAGUAUGCUUGGCUGCUCCUUUCCACUGUAUAGUAAACUUCAGAAGAGCAUGAUCACUCGCGCCUAAUGAUCCUUCCACUUCUACCCCACUAACCAGGUCAUCAACAUUGGUUAGGACCAGAUCUAAAAUGGCUGUUCCUCUUGUUGCUUCUCCCACUUUCUGGACAAUGAAGUUGUCUGCAAGGCCUGUGAGGAAUCUGUUUGACCUUAUCCUCUUGGCUGAGUUUGACAUCCAACAAAUAUCCGGGUAAUUGAAGUCCCCCAUUACUACUAUCUCCCUUCCUUUUGCAUGCUUGGCCAUCUGUUCCAGGAAGGCAUCAUCUAUGUCCUCUGUUUGGCUUGGGGAACUAUAGUAAACUCCCACAAUGAGGUCACUGUUAUUCUUCUCUCCCUUAAUUUUGACCCAAAUGCUCUCACUUUGGCUUUGAGGUUCUAAAUCUUGGAUCUCUUCAUAGGUAUACACAUCCCUGACAUAUAACGCCACUCCUCCUCCUUUCUUGUCUGGUCUGUUUCUCUGAAAUAGAUUGUAUCCCCCCAUUAUUACAAUCCAAUCGUGGAACUUAUCCCACCAGGUUUCAGUGAUGCCUAUUAUGUCAUAUUUAGUUUGCUGUACUAAGAGUUCAAGCUCAUCUUGUUUAUUUCCCAUGCUUUGCGCAUUAGUGUACAGACAUUGAAGUCCAUUAAUCAUUCCCCCGUGUCUCUUAUUUAAGGAUUUUUUCCUCCCACCACUAGGUCUGCGUGCUAUUUGCUCCAUUUGGUCUAUGACAUUUGGAUGAUCAUCUUCAUCAAUUGAUAGACUCCUACCUUCAGGAGCACUGUCUCCCUCCCCCACAUUAGUCAGUUUAAAGCCCUCCUGAUGAGGUUUCUGAGAUUUUUGGCAAAAACAUUCCUCCCAACCAUUGUGAGGUGCAGCCCAUCACUUGCCAGAAGUCCAUCUUCAAGAAACUGCAGUCCGUGAUCUAAGAAUCCAAACCGUUCCUGUUUGCACCAUUUGCGAAGCCAGCUGUUCACUUCCACUAUUUUCCCUCUCUCCCUGGGCCACGUCGUUCAACUGGGAGGACAGAUGAGAUGACAAUUUGUGCAUUUAAUUGCUUCAAUUUCCUGCCCAGAGCCUCGUAGUCUCUUUUGAUCUUCUGGAGGCUAUUGCUUGCAGUGUCAUUGGUUCCCACAUGAACCAAGAGGAAGGGGUAUUUGUCAGUGGGUUUUAUGAUUCCUUGCAGUCGUUCAGUUACAUCUUGGAUCUUAGCCCCAGGGAGACAGCACACUUCCCGAGACAUCUUGUCAGGCCCACAGAUCACUGCUUCUGUUCCCCUCAGUAGGGAAUCCCCUAUCACCACUACACGCCUCCUCUUAGGUUUGGUCGGGGUUCUUCCGUGAGCUGUCCGUUCCAAGGUCGCCUGCACAUUCCCUGAGGACUGACUUAGCUGCUCAUCUUAAUAUACCUGAUCGACUGUAAUGAGGGAGAGAUCCUCAAAUGGAGUCUGCUCUUCAUCUUCCAUGCUAGGGGAGAGGACCUCAAAGCGAUUGUGUAUUUCUAAACAAUCAGAGCGAACCCUGGGCCUCCUACUUCUUUGAGUCACGUUUCUCCAUAUAUCUGGCUCCUGUGUUGGUGAACUAGCCUCCUUCUCAGGGGAGUCCCCUGUCUCCUCUUUGGUGGAGACGGUGUGCUCUGUUGCUUAUUUACCAACAUUGUAUUUUUUUUCUUAUGUUGGCAGCAUAGAAAAUCUUGCAAAUCAGUUAGAUUAAUAUCGGUGCAGUGCUCUUACAUAGCUCUCAUUCAUUGCAGGGAAGCUGGCACCCAAGUCUAGCAUAAGCCCCUGGCAUCCUGGGACAUUUGCUGGGGUAAAUGCACCCUGGCAGGACCCCCAGCAUCCACCACCCCAACAUCUGGAGCAGGGCCUGCUGGCACUGAAUGUGGAUGGUCAUAUGCAAUGGUAUUUUGAUAGCUUUCUACCAAAAUAUUCUUCUUAAGACACCAGGGGUGGGGAACAGUGACCUCCUCCAUUGUCCAGAACCAAAAAACUGUGAAAGUAAUUCUAUGCUUCCAAAAGGAGUUUCCCCUUGUGUUGUUGAAAGGCAGCUCCCCAUGCUACAUGGCAAACUUAAAAAAUAAAACUCAGGAGAGUUUCAGAAGCAAUUUGUGCUGCUGCUUCUUGGGCUGUUGUUAAAUGUAAAAAAACAAAAGCUUCUUGGCAUGCAAGAAGAAUAAGCUACAGGGACACUGUUGGAAAGGUACGCAAAGAACAUUCUCCUACUAAAACAAAACAAAAAGGGAAAGCUCUUUCUCAUGUGAUAUUCAGAAGCGCAGGAAAGCCUUAUAGAUUUUAGGCCAGUUAAUGAAAGAGUUAAGUUAAAGCAUUCCACACCAUGCGUAAUCUCAUUUGCAGAGUGUUUCUAAGAAGAAGAAAAGGUACAUUCUGUGAGAAAUUUUAAGUUGAUUAUAUGUUUUGAUGUGGUCACUUAUGUACAAGAGUAGCUAGUGUGCCUACAGCUGGAUGUUGCUGGACUACAGCUCCCAUCAUCCCUGACCAUUGUCCAUGCUGACAAGAGCUGGUGGGAUUUGUAGUCCAAAAUGUUUAGAUGGCACCAUGUCACCCCCCUUCCUGAAUUAUGAACUGAUCUAGGCCUGAGCCAGAGAGCCCUGCAUGCAUUUUCAGGCUGCCUGGAAGAAAAGCAGUUGGUGUAAGUAUUGCAACAGUGGUUGUGCACCACCCCAAAUCUCUGCUGAGUGGUAGCAAGAUUCCAGGGGUUUCCAGGCAUGUUUCUGUUGAGAAUUCAGGCAUGUCAGAGACUGCAGUGUUUUAAUAUAUAUGGUUUAUUUUACACUUAUAUCCACUGUAAAGUAGGACAUAUGGCCAUCCUAUUAAUUGCCUAAAACCAUACAAAGGAUAAACUAUAUCCCUGUCAGAAUGUCUUCCAAUUUGAAUGAAAGCUGUGAAAACAAAAGGAAGGAGAGAAACAUUUCCAUCAUCACAUUGCAUAAAUUAGAAUAAAGAUGAUGAAACAUGAAAUGUUUGUCAGCAUAUAGGCGUGCAGGCUGGUCAAAGAAGGAGUGAGAGCCUUGCUGUCUGUCUCUAUCUUCUGACAGCUGCAAGUUGGAAAAGCAAGUCGUGUGGAGUCUGGUCUGUAAGGGGAAGAGCUGAACUGCAGGUAAUUCCAGCAAGGCCAAUGUAUGGAGCCUCAAAAUCCCCCUCAAGCCUUCUGAGAGUAUGGGGGAACCACCUUAGAAACACUAUGUCAAAAUUACUGCAUGACAACUAUGGCCACUUUCGGGCUUCUUUUCUUUCUGGCUGUCCUCAGUCACUUUUCAUGUGAGUCUUUGGUGUUCCGCAACACCCUUUCCUUUGAGGUCCAGCACUGCUACCAGAAGGAAGAUGACACUGGUGAUAGAGCUACAGCUAGCAGUGUCUCUAGCAAAGAAGAUCCUAAAAUGCAAAGUUAUUUUAGGUCAGAGAGGUUUUUUUUCCUGAUGAGUUGUAGGAAGCCAAUCAAUAGAUUCAACAAACCAACCAAGACAAUGUUCUUAGCAAGCAGAGUUUAAUGGACUGGAAGGAACUUCAUUUGGUCUCCCUCAAAGCAGAAAAGCAGAGGAAAUAUGUCAGCUGAAGGUUUACUUCCCAGUCCCUUGAUGGAUUGUCAGGUUUUAUUUAGUGCUCUUGAUAACUUGAUUUGCUUUGCAUCUCUUGGGCUGGCAAUGUGUUUCAGUGAGCGCUGAAGUUUUCUUCAGAUAACUUCUCAUUGUAGCUUCAUUUUUCAAAAUGUGUUUUAUCAUUGGGAUUCAGAGAGUUUCAUAUGUAUAUUAGUAUUCUUUAAAAAAAGUUUCAUACUAUUUUAUUUGGUGUUAUUUUUUUCAAUGUGACUGUCAUCUUUUACGUUCUUAUGCUGUUAGUCAUCAGGAGGACCCAGGUGGGCUGGAAGGUGAGAUGAAAACCCACAUUACAAAGAGGAACAGACCAUCUACACUGUACUGCAUUUGCAGCUGUAAAACUUCACCACAAACCAUACAGGCAUAAAAAAAGCUUGGGAAUGGAAGUGUUUUGAUGUGUGCACUGUGCUUGGGUAUAUACGUUUUAGAGUGUGUCCUUGCACUCUACCCUUUCUUCCUAGCAGAACUGCUAGGAAGGUGAGUGAAUUAUCCUCCUUUCCCUGCAUUUUGAACAUCGUGGUGCCAAGCAGGCAAAGAGAGGGGUUUCCAGAGGCAGCAGAACUGAGCUUUCUAGGCUACCAGACAUUCUGGGUUGUACUAAGCUAAGUUUGACUUAAGGUAGACCUACUGAAAUUAAUUAACCUUAGGCUACUCUGAGUAAAGCUUAGUGGAAUGCCACCUACUUACUGCUUUCCACAAAACCAAACCAUGGGAUGCUAGAGGCAGGCUCAACUGAACUUUGUAUUCAACUGUAUUUCAUUAUAUCAGACAUUCCGUGUCAUGGGAACAUUGCUGAUGGAGCUCACUUCAUCAAAGUGGCCUUUGAAUAAAAAUUACACUUUGUAGGCCAAGUAGUCAAACAGGUCUAGAUUUUGUGAUCUGGCCAAGUUUAAUGAUUUAGGUUGUUGCCACGGCAUUGGAUCAAAGUUACUCCUUCAUGACAUGUUUCAAGAGACAAUUUAAGGUUGUGUAAUAUCACAGCACAAGCAAUAAUGUGCUGGGAUUGCAUGCAGGUGACCAGACAAAGAGGGGAAUGAACCACCCUCCAAAAGAAAACCAGAAAAUAAAAAUGCAAUAGCAAAACUAAUAAGGUUCCAUAUUUAUUUACUAUUUCCCAAUGCAUUUUGCUGAUCUUUAUCAGAGUAGCCUUUUCAACAGUUCAGCUGAAUUUACACAUGCAUCUGAUUGAGGUGGAAGUGUUUGGAGUUACUAAAAUUAAAUGUACCACUUUGAAAACAAUUUUGAAUGCUCCUAUGCAUGGAGAAUUCUCUCCAGGUAGCAACUAAAAUAGCAAGGAGAGGACUAUGCUGAACCUUUGUCUCUGAUGUGAUAAGGUUUUAUAGCCUAGGUGUACAAAAAUCACACUUUCAGCUUGAUCUUUAAAAUACAGGGGGAGCAAAAGCAAUCAGCAGCAUUUUUAUAGCCAUACUACAAAAAACAUGGGUUCUUGUAAUGGUUGAGUUUUACUCCCAUUUAAGAUGUCUGGAUUGAAAAGGCGCAAGAAUCAAUUACUCCUGAGUGCCUGUAGAGUAUACACACUUCUCCUGAGUGGUGGAUUGCAGAGAUAAGCCAAAACUGGGAAUGAACCCUUUGUGGGAGAAGACUGAUGGUGUUUACAAAGAUAACUGGAAUUUCUGGAGGGAAAAAUGGUUCUGAAAUGGGUUUUUUUUCCUUUAAGUGAAAUGACCUUUCCAAGAACCUUCUACAAUUACUUCAAGCCAACAAAGAGGAUGUUAAAUUCCAGCCUUCAUUUAUUUUCUUUAGUAGCUAGGGGCUGCAUUACAUCUGUAACUCCAAGAUUCCUCUUUCUGUUAUUUUCCUGAUGGCAUCAAAUGCCUCUUGACCCCUGUGACAGCUGAACAAAUAAGGAUGGAGAAAAGGGGCCUAAUUAUGACUUUCAACAUAAAUAUGGAAUAUUAUUGAAUUUAGGUUGAUCAUGAUGUGAUUCCUCUCCCCGCCCUUCAUUGGCAUAGUGAGUCUUUUCGAAAUCAAUACUUGGAAUGGUUUUGGUUAUAUGAAUAACACCUGGAUAACAAUGACCAUUGGAUGUGUACAGUGGGAGCUUCACUCCAAAGCUUUAGAAAACUCAAUUAGAUGUUUGCCUCCUGCCUUGCAAACCUUUAAGCUGUUGCUGCUGUUGCAGCUGUGUUGUGCCUUGUGGGACGGAUUUGUGACACAGUGCGGAGGUCAGCACAAUGCUGGGAAUGGAGAAGAUGAGCCAAUGGGAAGGUAAAACCCCCCCUUUGUACAGCAGGCACUUAUUUCAGCUGAGAAUACCUCCUCUGAGUUAGUCUCUUCACAAAAUCAGUUGAGUGUGGUUUAACAGUUGAGUGCCCUUUCUUUUUGUGAGUCUUUUAAAAUCAUUCAUAGCCAACACGGAGGUCUCUGGAUGGUGUUGGACUUUGACUCCCAUCACUUCUGACCAUUUGCCAUGCUGGCUGGGGCUCAUGGGAGUUUGGAGCACAACAUAUUGUUGCACGCUAUCCCAAUCUCUGAGCAGUACAAGAUUCCAGGGGUUCCAGGCGCUUAACCAGGGUUUGUGUUUCCCUUGGAAAUGAGGCACAGUGGAGACUGUGGUGUCUUUACGAUAUAUGGUUAUUUACACAUUUAUACCUCAGCCUACAAUGGAGGGGUUCAAAGCAUUACAGCGGCUCCUAUUCCACAAGCUUAGGAAAGGAGAGGCACUGGUGUGUGAAAUGGAGGUUGAGUUUUGAGCUGGAGUUACCUUGAAGCACUGGCAGAGGAAGAGGAGUGUGGGGGAGCGCCCCACCCCCAGCAGUGCGAUCCCCAGGGUGCCAUCGCAGCUGCCCCCCCCGCCCCUGCAGGCGGCGCCUCCCCUCAUCCCCAGGAUGCCUGCUACACCCCUGUGGGCAGCGCGCCCAGCCCCUGGUACACACACCAGUCCCUCCCCUGCCUGCUCUCUGCCACUGGUGCCAGAGGAUGAAGCUCCGCCACUGCCUUGAAGCUGCCCAAUAAACAUUUUGUGAACUCCUACAGUAUGGAUUCAUUCACCCCAUGCCUAAGGCAUGUUACUUUUGCCUUGCACAUUGCUUCAAAGUCUUUUCUGAUUAUUAUACCAGAUAUACCAAUUAUCUUCAACCAGCUCUUCACUGCUGAUCUACUUUAGAUAAAACCCUUCAUUUGCGCACACUGAGUUGGAAAGUCAGCAACUUUCUGUACACAUAUCCUGCUACCACCAAAUAAUUGAUGACUAAGAUAAAAUUUGAAGAAAAAUUUGAUCUCCCUGAGACAUCAAUACCUGAUAAUCCGCUUUCACUUCUCCAUAUGUAGUCCUCCAUUUGCCUAUAUGGCAAACUGGCAAUAUGUUUCAUAGAAGUCAAUGAGUCUUUGUUUUCAAUCAAGUGUUACAAUCAGGGUGUCAGUUGAAAAAACAAAUUGCCAUGUCCUUGGAAGAAUAGGGAACAGUCUGAAUGACAUUUAAGAUUCUUAACCAAAAUAGGAAACACUGGAAAUUUCAUCAGCAAGUCUGAUUUUGGCCUGGUUUCCAGUCAUAUUUUACAGGGUUGCAAUGUAUUGAUAAACAUCUGAACUCUUGGGGCCUUACCUGAGAGCAAUGAUUUAUCAGACUGUAGAUCUUAUGCUAUUUGAUUGCAUAUGAACUGGCCCCAAAAUGGCUAAAUAGAGGAAAUUAAUUCUUAAUUAAAUAAGAAGCGCUCCCUCAGGACAUUAAAGCAAUCAAGACAGGUUAAGAUGCACUGCCUGUUGCCAAAGAGGAAAUGUGUACUCUCAGCAUGGGAAUCUAGCCCAAGAUUUUCUGGCUCAGAGAUCCUAUUGCAGGGGAAUCUUUUUUUAAAAAAAAAAGUCUUGUGUUGCAUGUUUUUAAGUACAGUCAUUAGAGAGUGCCUCUAAUCAUUUCAGAGGUAAAAAUCAUUUCUUUCUUUCUUUCUUUCUUUCUUUCUUUCUUUCUUUCUUUCUUUCUUUUUCUUUUUCUUUUUACCAAAAAUUAAAACCCAGUAUUACACUUUUCUUAUAUUAUUCAGAAUAAUUUGUAAAAGGUACAUGGCUUCUUAGUAAAUUAUUUGAUGUAAAACUUUUGGCUGUCAGGGAUCUGCUCUGCCAUGUUUCCCCCUCUGGCCUUGUUCCUAGUAAUCAAGAUGGCCAAACGUACAACAAUGCAUUAACACCCCAACAAUAUGAAUAUGAAGUCAUAACAAUGCCAGCCAUUAUGUGGCCUGGAAUGCUGGAUCAUUCGCAAGGAGCAGAACUGACAUCUUGAAAUAAUAUACAGUAUAUGUCUUCUGUGCAGCUUUAUUUCCUAUGUCAGAAAAGUCAGAUACUGUAAGCAAAACUAUGAAGGCAAGGAAGAAUAGAAGUAAAUUAGCCACGCCAGCCAGGAAAUGUGAGGGCAGCAUUUUGAUAGGCAAGAUUAACCAAUUAAUCAAUCCUAUUCAUAGAAUCAUAGAGUUGGAAGAGACCACAAGGGCGAUCGAGUCCAACCCCCUGCCAAGCAGGAAACACCAUCAGAGCACUCCUGACAUAUGGUUGUCAAGCCUCUGCUUAAAGACUUCCAAAGAAGGAGACUCCACCACACUCCUUGGCAGCAAAUUCCACUGUCAAACAGCUCUUACUGUCAGGAAGUUCUUCCUAAUGUUUAGGUGGACUCUUCUUUCUUGUAGUUUGGAUCCAUUGCUCCGUGUCCGCUUCUCUGGAGCAGCAGAAAACAACCUUUCUCCCUCCUCUAUGUGACAUCCUUUUAUAUAUUUGAACAUGGCUAUCAUAUCACCCGUUAACCUCCUCUUCUCCAGGCUAAACAUGCCCAGCUCCCUUAGCCGUUCCUCAUAAGGCAUCGUUUCCAGGCCUUUGACCAUUUUUGUUGCCCUCCUCUGGACACGUUCCAGUUUGUCAGUGUCCUUCUUGAACUGUGGUGCCCAGAACUGGACACAGUACUCCAGGUGAGGUCUGACCAGAGUAGAAUACAGUGGCACUAUUACUUCCCUUGAUCUAGAUGCUAUACUCCUAUUGAUGAGGCCCAGAAUUGCAUUGGCUUUUUAAGCUGCCGUGUCACACUGUUGGCUCAUGUCAAGUUUGUGGUCAACCAAGACUCCUAGAUCCUUUUCACAUGUACUGCUCUCAAGCCAGGUGUCACCCAUCUUGUAUUUGUGCCUCUCAUUUUUUUGCCCAAGUGCAAUACUUUACAUUUCUCCCUGUUAAAAUUCAUCUUGUUUGUUUUGGCCCAGUUCUCUAAUCUGUCAAGGUCGUUUUGAAGUGUGAUCCUGUCCUCUGGGGUGUUAGCCACCCCUCCCAGUUUGGUGUCAUCUGCAAAUUUGAUCAGGAUGCCCUUGAGUCCAUCAUCCAAGUCGUUGAUAAAGAUGUUGAAUAAGACCGGGCCCAAGGCAGAACCCUGGGGCACCCCACUAGUCACUCUUCUCCAGGAUGAAGAGGAACCAUUGAUGAGCACCCUUUGGGUUCGGUCAGUCAGCCACUUACAAAUCCACUGAGUGGUAGCAUAGUCAAGACCGCAUUUUACCAGCUUCUUUACAAGAAUAUCAUGGGGCACCUUGUCAAAUGCCUUGCUGAAAUCAAAGUAGGCUACAUCCACUGUGUUCCCUUCAUCUACCAGGCUUGUAAUUCUGUCAAAAAAACGAGACCAGGUUAGUCUGACAUGACUUAUUUUUCAGAAAUCCAUGCUGACUAUUGGUGAUCACAGCAUUCCUUUCUAGGUGCUCACAGACUGUUUGCUUAAUGAUCUGCUCCAGAAUCUUCCCUGGUAUUGAUGUCAGACUGACUGGGUGGUAAUUAUUUGGGUCCUCUCUUUCCCCCUUUUUGAAAAUAGGGACAACAUUUGCCCUCCUCCAGUCUGCUGGGACUUCGCCUGUUCUCCAGAAAUUCUCAAAGAUGGUGGUUCUGAGAUCACAUCUGCCAGUUCUUUUAAUACUCUUGGAUGCAGUUCAUCUGGCCCUGGAGACUUGAAUACAUCUAAACUAGCCAAGUAUUCUUGUACUAUCUCCUUAGUUAUUCUGGGCUGUGUUUCCUUUGCUGAAUCAUUUGCUCCAAAUUCUUCAGGUCGGGUAUUGUUUUCUUUAUCGGAGAAGACUGAGGCAAAGAAGGCAUUGAGGAGUUCAGCCCUUUCUGUGUCCCCUGUUUGCAUUUCACCAUCUUCUCAUCUGAGUGACCCCACUGUUUCUUUGUUCUUCCUUUUGCUACGAACAUACCCAUAAAAGCCUUUUUUGUUGCUUUUAACCUCUCUAGCAAGCCUGAGUUCAUUCUGUGCUUUAGCUUUUCUGACUUUGUGUCUACACGUGCUGGCUAUUUGUUUGAAUUCCUCUUUGGUGGUUUCCCCCCUUUUCCAUUUUUUGUACACCUCCUUUAUUAAUCUUAACUCAGUUAAAAGUUCUUUAGAUAGCCACCCUGGCUUCUUUAGGCACCUUCCAUGUUUCCGUCUCAUUGGUAUUGCCUGAAGUUGUGCUUUUACUAUCUCCCUCUUAACAAACUCCCAGCCAUCAUGAACUCCCUUUCCUUUUAGUAUCACUGUCCAUGGGAUCUCACCCAGCACUUCCCUAAGUUUUAUGAAGUUGGCUUUCUUAAAGGCAAGAAAUUGAGUCCUAGUAUGCUUGGCUGCUCCUUUCCGCUGUAUAGUAAACUUCAGAAGAGCAUGAUCACUCGCGCCUAAUGAUCCUUCCACUUCUACCCCACUAACCAGGUCAUCAACAUUGGUUAGGACCAGAUCUAAAAUGGCUGUUCCUCUUGUUGCUUCUCCCACUUUCUGGACAAUGAAGUUGUCUGCAAGGCCUGUGAGGAAUCUGUUUGACCUUAUGCUCUUGGCUGAGUUUGACAUCCAACAAAUAUCCGGGUAAUUGAAGUCCCCCAUUACUACUAUCUCCCUUCCUUUUGCAUGCUUGGCCAUCUGUUCCAGGAAUGCAUCAUCUAUGUCCUCCGUUUGGCUUGGGGAUCUAUAGUAAACUCCCACAAUGAGGUCACUGUUAUUCUUCUCUCCCUUAAUUUUGACCCAAAUGCUCUCACUUUGGCUUUGAGGUUCUAAAUCUUGGAUCUCUUCACAGGUAUACACAUCCCUGACAUAUAACGCCACUCCUCCUCCUUUCUUGUCUGGUCUGUUUCUCUGAAAUAGAUUGUAUCCUUCCAUUAUUACAUUCCAAUCGUGGGACUUAUCCCACCAGGUUUCAGUGAUGCCUGUUAUGUCAUAUUGAUUUAUCAAGGCCGAAAUCCUAUGGCGCUUACCUUGGAGUCUGCACCAUUGAACAUAGUGGGAAACAUAUACAGCAGAGGUACAGACCCUCAGUUCUAGGGUCCAAAUGUAGCCUUUCAGUUCUCUUUGUCCAACCCUCCAGGUGGCAUUCCUCACUGGCCCUGCUCUGCACUCUCCUUGAGUACCUUCACCUGGCUGGAAUGUGUCCUUGUAUGAGGCCAUGCCUCUUGCUUGCCUAGAUGGAGCAUGAAGGUCUCUCUGUGUGUUCUGUUGUGAUCACUGACUUCAGCAGAGGCAAGGCCAGGGUACCUUGGACAGGGCCAUGUAGGGCCCAGAUUGCAUACUUUGUGAGAUCCAACCUCAGAUGUUGCUUCAGCAGCAAUCAUUCUCAGACGGGUUCAUGACUGAUGACAUCUGCACAGCUUAGCUCACUAUAUCCCCUCUUUGUUGGGAAACUGCAUGGGCAAAACUUUCGUUUUCCAUUCGGGGCACAACAAUUUUUUGUUCCCAAGAGAGUGCAGGCAUUACACUGGCCCAAACUUUCAGCUUUUAAGUAAAAGAGGCUUUGUUUGUUUCUAGAUUUGCCAGUUUUCUUGGUGAUCUGAAAUGUCUAUGUUGUAUCUUAAGGUGGGUGCAUUAAAAGGGGGGGGCAGACCAAUAUAUUAUAUUAUAUUAUAUUAUAUUAUAUUAUAUUAUAUUAUAAUAUUAUAUAUGAUUGAUCUGCUUCAUUUUACAGUAAGUCGGGGACAUAAAAAGCCUGAGAGUUCAAGGACGGCAAGACAGAAAACACCGCUUCCUUUCACUGAAAGAAUGUGGCUGGAAGUAUCCCUGAAGGAGAUUCAUCCUGUUGUUGUUUCAAGGAUCCUGGCAAGGCUAGUAUUUGAAAGCCACCCAUGA